GAAACAGGGCCCUUUCAUUAUUCGUGCAACUUUGUUUGCAAUAUAGCAUAUGGCAACUCCGUAGUUUCUUCUUGGCUUGGGUUGACGGUUGACAGCACUGAUUUCAAACUAAAAAGAUAUUCAACCCGAGCAGAAGUGGAAACUGCGAAAUAAACAAGAUACAACAUUGUACGUUCUAUUUCAUUCAUUUCUGCGAGGGCCAGCAACAUUUUUAUUUCGCAGCUUCGUUUGCAGCUAAGUCCUGCGAAAACAUGAUUCACCAUACACCUCGCCGUAGCCUCCGUUUCCAGCCAGGAGCAGGCAGCCAGCCUGAGGGUACUCCGAGAUGUCUGGCAAUCACAUCGCCGCCUAACACAGAUUCUCUAGACACAGGCGUUCAAGAUAACUCGACUACGACCACUUUCACUAUAUCGUCCAGUGCCAUUACGUCAACCGCCGUCGACAUUUUGCCGUCGAACACAUAUUUGCCUGCUACUAUUGAUACUAUAUCGUCAAUUACUUAUACAACAGCGGCUCAUGACAUUCCGCUUACUACUACUACGCCAGUAUUACUGCCUGAUACGUCUCCCAUUACUUAUAUGCCACUUGUGACUGGCAUGACGUCGUCUGACAUGUCACCAGCGCCGCCUGACAUGCCACUGGCUACUGGUGCAUCGGACAAUAUGUACACCAGAUCAAUAACGACCGAUUAUUCGCCUUUCAUGUGCACCUCAGCCAAUACGUGCGUUCCGCCGCCCUAUAGUCACGCGUCUGCAGUACCGCCUGCGCCAACGUCCGUCGCUUAUAAGCCAGCCGCGCCGAGCAUUAUGGCGCUUUAUGGUUAUUCUCCUGCAACAUCCGCGCCAUUCAAUACCCAUGCGCCAAUAGUGGCGACCAACAUGUCAGCUAGCACAAACUUUCCGCCGUGCGAUAGUCACACGCCUGCAGUACCACCUGGACCGCCGUCUACAAUGUAUAUGACAGUUCCAUUUAGUGGUGCGAUGUCUUUUGGUCAGGGUCCAGCCGCCACGUUCGUACCCUCAAAUACUCACGCGCCAAUGGAGGCGCCCGUCAUGUCUUGUAGUUGUAUUCCAGCAGUACCGCCCGGUCCUUCGCGCUAUGUCUAUAUGCCAGCCAUCAAGCCCUAUCCGCCGUCCAGUAUACCGGCACCAACGGCAGUACCCGCCGCACCGCCAAUAACUU